AUGGGAAGAACAGGAGUUCCUGGAGAUACGGGAUCAACUGGAAAUACGGGAUGGACAGGAAAAACUGGUCAACCAGGUAUGACAGGAUCACCUGGAUUGACAGGUUUUCCGGGAUUUCCGGGAGAUCCUGGAUUACUGGGAUAUACUGGAUUACCGGGAAAUACAGGAGUUCCUGGAGAUACGGGAUCAACUGGAAAUACGGGAUGGACAGGAAGAACUGGUCAACCAGGUAUGACAGGAUCACCUGGAUUGACAGGAAGAACUGGUCAACCAGGUAUGACAGGAUCACCUGGAUUGACAGGUGUUCCGGGAUCUCAGGGAUAUACUGGAUUACCGGGAUAUACUGGAUUACCGGGAUAUACAGAUUACACGGUUAGAGGAUUACCGGGGCUCAUGGGACAACCGGGAAAACCGGGACCUCCAGGAAUUCAGGGUGCAACCGGAGGAAUUGGAUUUACUGGCCAAACUGGUGUGACAGGUUUACAAGGCCCAUCUGGAUAUACGGGAGCAACAGGAGUGAAUGGUUCACAGGAUGGUCACAGGGAUCCCAGGAAAUACUGGGGCAACUGGUCCACAAGGCGAUACAGGAGCCACCGGAGCAACAGGAGCUCAAGGUCCUCCUUCUCUAAAAAAUUUCUAUAA